AUGAAUUUGAAGCUAGUCCAUUUUCUGCUUUUAUUCUACAGUUUUGUGCUAGGAUCUGAUCUCAAUGAGACUUUUCAGGAAGAAAUAAAAAAGAGCUUGAAAAGACAGCAGAUGGUUAGGAGACAGGUUGCGUUUGAGAGAUCAAAGUUGAUUCACGAAAUUGAUUUGGCAAUCUGUAAAAGUGAGCAGUUUAAUUUCAUUAAAUGUAAAUAUGAUGAUUCUGGCGUACUUAAGAGUUUUGGUGGAAUGUUUGGAGUUGGGGUAGUUGCGACCUUAUAUCCGAUGAAUUCAAACUUUAGAAUUUAUAAGAAUUGUACUUUAAACCCCGAUUUAACCUACCAGUGUUACGAAAAGGACUUAAUUAAAGAUUCAGAGGCUAUUAGUAUCUUCAUCAAACGAGAGAAUAGUAAGCUCAGUACUCAAUAUAAGUAUGCUUAUUUAGAUAAACUUCCUAUAAUUCUUCAGAACAGGAGUAGCUCUGAAUUUAAUAUUGGUUUCUUAAUGGAGAAGUUUAUGACUACAUAUAUAUCUGGUAAAAAAGUCUCUAAUAACUUUAUCAGCCCAAAUGUUUACACAGUUACAAGUAAAUGGGGUGCUCCAAUUCACGAGUUUGAUCGCUACAUAUUCAUGCAAUAUUUAGAGGGAGUAACUUUGAGCGAAGUUUUAAGAAGACUUAGGCAAAGUGAAAUUUUCCACAUGAAAAACAGUUUUAGAAAAGUUUUAAGGGCAUAUAGCAAUUUAGUUGCAGCUAGAAAUAGUAGAUACAAAAACAGUGAAGCGAUAAAGAGAAGAGAAAUGUUAUUAAGAAUAAGUAUAAAUAAUUCUGCAGGUGAAAUUCUUGGGAGAUUUAGGUACAGGCUUUCAUUAUUAGACCAUACUCUGAAUUUCCUACAGAGAGUUUGGGAGCAAAAUAUAUAUCACUGCGAUUUGUGCCACCCAAAUAUUAUGAUUAUGGAAGAGUAUUUAUCAGACCCCCUUGAAAUUACAAAAAUCAUUAAAGAUGGUCAAGGGUUUUUAAUUGACGAUGAUGAAUAUAUUAAUAUGAUGGAAGUUAAUAGUCUUCCUCUUGAAAUUACUAAAAGACUCAAUGAAAAGAUGGAACAAACUAUACAGAACAACAAUGGCAAUGCUCCCAGUUCCAAGUAUGUGAAUUCUGAUAAUCAACAACAUCUGAGCAUUGAGUAUAAUCCAAAUAAACCAACUUCUUUUGAUGAUUCUUUUUGCGAUCCUAAGUCAUGCAAACACAAUGUAAAUUUUGAUACCUCUAUCAAUACUUCUAAUGAUGGAAUAAAUAACGAUUCUUCAAAGAAUUCUGGCUCGGGGGCUGAACAGCCCACCCCAAAGAGUAAACAAGGCCUAAGAGUGAUUCGCUUUAAGCUUGAAAAUUUUCGUAUAAUAGACUUCUCUUUCACUUUAGACAUGACCAAAGAAAUUAAUAGCCGAAAAGGGGUGGAUAAGUAUUUAAUUGAAACUCCCUGCCGUAUUUAUAGACCAGAUAGAAGAGAGGAUAUUAUUGAAUUAAGAAGGUUUGUGGAUGAGACAGCUUAUUAUGCUUCAAAGAGCGAAACGAAUGUUUUGGCUGAUACAUGGAGCACUGUAAUAGAGGAAUUGAUCAAUGAGAACAGUAGUAUAUCAGAUCAUGUCGAUAAUUUUCUGACAUUUGACAAAUCUGUUGCAACACAAGCAAAGCAAUUUUUGACUGCAAUUCAGGUCCUUCAAAGGUUCUUCAAAGAGCUGAGAAACAAUAUUUAUGGUCCUGAAUGGAGUGGUUGCUGGGAUAAUCUGAAUGAAUGGAAAAGAUUAAAGCUUGUACAUAAAUAUAAUCAGAUGGAAAGAGAGCAUCUUAAACUGCAAUCUUCCUGCACAAUUAAAGAUAUGACUAUUGCUAUCCAUAAAGCUAGAGAACAACUUCAUCACCACGUUGCAAGAUUUAAACAGGGACUUUUUGGUAGUACUCUGCUCGAUGCAACCUCUACAAUGGCUCAGUAUUAUUCCGUUUCUGUUGCCCCACAAUAUAUUGAAUCAAAAUUGAAAGAAAUGAUUGACUUAGGUCUUUAUAAAUUAAGCUAA